CGUAUGGUUUCGAAAAUGACACUUCUUAUGUAGUUAACAUCAGACCGUUGUAUGGAGUAAUCGGAACAGUAAAGUUAUGGGAGAUUUGAGAUUAUAAAAACUAAAGUAUAUCGAUAAGAGCGAUCGACGACUAAACACGAGUAUAUGUGCCAUGGUAUCAUCACCCAGAAGUGCGCAGGAGAAAAGACAAGACCAGGCUGAAAUGGAUGCAGACAUCAAGAGCAGUAUGUCACUGAGCCAGCACAGCAUGGAAACGGAGAUGUCUGGUCCCGUCAAUGAUGGGGACGAUGGCUCCAGCCCUGGGGAGUUGGAGAUGGAGGAGAAGACAUUUUUGACCAGUUUGUACCGCUUCAUGGAGGAGAGAAGCACGCCUAUAGAGAGGAUACCGCAUUUGGGCUUCAAACAAAUUAACCUCUGGAGGAUCUACAAAGCUGUGGACAAGCUCGGGGGUUACGACUCUGUAACCGCCCGGAGACUUUGGAAAAAUGUCUACGAUGAGCUGGGGGGCAGCCCGGGCAGUACCAGCGCAGCCACCUGCACCCGCCGGCACUAUGAGAAACUGGUGCUGCCCUUUGAGAGACAGCUGAGAGGGGAGGAGGACAAGCCGCUGCCCCCAGCUAAGCCGCGGAAACAGUACAAGAAGAGCCCAGACAGCAAGAACAGCAAAGCUGAGGGCAGGAAGAAGAGGAACCAGUUAGAGCCUGAGAGUCGGCUGGGUGCUGAGGAGAAGUCUGAGGAUGACGCGCACUGCGAGACAGGGAUGUGCACCCAUUCUGUUGCCUGGACCCUACCGGCUGACCGGCCGCAGCCUGACCUCUGCGGCCCGCAGAUGGGGCUGGCCACAGUGAAAGACAAAUCUGCUACUGCCUGCCCAGUCUCGCAGCUGGGAAAUGGGCUGUUUCCCAGCAUUCAGUCAUCAGGUGGCGAGGUGAUCUCUCCGCUAGAGAAGAAGAAACGCUUGGCCCAAGCCAGCCUCGGCCUUUCCAAGCUAAGCCAAAGUCCGGAGAAAGAUAGCGGGGAGAGGCCCUCUGUGAUCCACUGUGCUCAGUCCCCAGGUCUUCCCCGCUCGGACAGAGCCCACGGCUCCUCUGAGGCAUCCCCAGUUCCCCGAUCGUCUCCCUCCACAUCUCGCAGCUCCUCACCCUGCUCUGUGUCGUCCGACGACUGCCAGGCCGUCCUGGACAGUACCACUUGUGUGCAAAACCUCGUAUCUCAAACUCCGUCGUCCUAUGUGGGUAAUUUCACCUCUGUCUCCUACUCCGGUGGAGUCUGCAAGCCUGUGACCUGCUAUCCCAAUGCUAAGGGUGCAGCUGGCUACCUUAGGCAUCGCAGAGACUUUCUGCAGGUUGAGCCAGAAGGGGUCAAGGGGCAAAGACCUGAUUCAGCCUGGACUCCAAAUUGCAAGGGGGAGGACAUGAACCCUGUCCUCAAACCCCACCAGACAUCAUCUUCUAAUUCCAGCUCUGCAGGAUACAAGCCUAACUGGAUCCCAACCAUGUCUAACUUCACUAAAGUUCAUCCAAAGACUCUACCAUCAAUACCAUUUCAGUCAGGUUAUAAAUUUACACAAAACCUCAAGAGACCAGCCAUGGAUGAGAUGACUGCAUAUGGGAAGAAACUGCAGCUGGUCCCCUCACUGUAUCAGGGAGAUCUAAAGGAAAAGUUCAAGCCAGGCCUGCCCAAACCUCUCCCUACCCAGCAUCCCCUCUUCCAUUCCCAUGCCAGCAUGACAAUACCAUACCUCCUUCCAUCCUAUGAAAAGACAAGACCUAUGUCAGGCCACCAACUCAAAGGCCUGCAGUUGCCCCCCUUGUUUGUACCUGCCCAGUUGACACUUCCCGCCACCCAGCCAAAUUCUAUGUAUCGCCACAUCAUGGCCGGAGCUGCCUACUCUGUUCCAUUAGAAGCUGUGCGUCCCUAUCCCUACCCGUUACCAAUCUGGCAACCCCAAGCUGGGUACACCAUUGCUGGCCUACAUCCACAGUACCCCAGCACUAAGCUGUGACGCAAGUUACAGCUGUGUCUUGACUGUGUCCUGCAUGACUGACGGAGGUGGGAUGGGGGCUCCACCAUGCAGAUUAACCCCCCCGUCCCCCGGCAUCUAGAUGCAAGGGCUGGUCUCACAGUUUGGCCGGAAGCCAGAGUAAAGGCCCUGAUUUAGCCUGUUGUCUCAGCAUUAGGGGGUUUACAGGUGUGGAUUCAGCACACCGGUUGGUGAUAGGCUAAAACAUUUUUAAAUGACAGACCUCAUUGCAAGAUAAUCUCCAGUGGUUACAUUCUCAAAUGUUUUAGAUUAGUAUUUCACUCAGGAUUUGAAUUCCUCUUACCAGUGUUCAGAGUUGGAGAACACAUGCAAUGUAGUAUAUGGGAAGUGGACACUUGAAAAUUGUGAAUGAGCAGCUCUUUUUGCCAAAAUAAGCAUCUAAUUAUUCAUAAUAGCAAGAACUGUUGAUUAAUUACACCUUUUUUUAAUCCAGUAGGCCAGUAUGUCUCUCAUAAGCACAUGACUGGUUGAAUUAGGACCAUGUUAGUGUUGUUUAUGAGGUCUCCUAUUGUCUCCAAUGACCUUUGUUAUCAUAUGAACAAUACAAAAAUGAUUUCAUCCUUGCAAACUCUAUACACUACAGCAGGACUGUUUUCUGCGUAAUGGAUUAUUGGACUACAUUUCAUAGUGCGAAACAAUGGAGAGCGGCUGUGAGAAAAUAAUAUGAAUUUAUACUCCCUGUUUCCAAAAAAUGAAAUUUUAAUUUAAACUGUUAGCUGAAAAAUUGCUUCCAUUUAGACAUUGGAUGUGUUUCUGAUGUACAAUGAGUUAACUUGGAAAUAUAGAUUACCUAAUGCAUGAAAGGUUUUGCAUGAAAAUUUUCAGCAAUGGAUAAAGUACUCUGCUCCCCAUAUAUGACUGCACAACUCAUUCAUGUCAAAAAUAGGUGCAUUGUGGAGAUCAUGUAUUGGAAGUUUCUGUAGACACUCUUCACUGAACUGCCAAAUGUCAUGGUUACCUAUGAUAUUAGCUCUUGUAUUUAUGGCUUUGUUUCAACUCUUAGCUAGAUGCGACAAAGUUAUGUUGUUGUUUGUUUUUUGAAUUACCUUGUUUUGGAAUAUCUCUAAAAUAGGUACUGCUGCCAUUUGGUCUCAGUGAAAAGUGUUUGUGAAUGUGGGAGUGGAAAUUUAGAACUUUCAGCAUACCCUGUGACGUAGACAUCAGAGGGAAUAUGAAUAGCGGUGUCCUGGUUAGGGCUCCCCUCUGUGGCAACAGCGAGUAUUACACAUAGAUUGACCUCACAGAAGUUCAUCUGCCUUUGACUAUGCAAAUUAUUACCCUAUGUUGCGAUGUUGCAAAAAUGGGGUUAUUACUGAAGAGAUGUUCUGAAAGAUGUAUACAUCAGCAUGAAUGAAUGAAUCCAGCAUAUCAUAAAAGUCUUCCAGCAAAAUGACUUGCAUUUGCUUGUUUGACAGUUUACGGUUUAUGUUAUAAAUUUAGUAAAUUCACAGAUUACAUGUAUUGUAUUCAGUCUACAAUAGAAAAAAAACUUGUGUAUUUUUGUACAAAAUUAAAAUAAAAUGUAUAAAACCCAA